AUGAUCCAAACGAACGCUCUUUGCCAACCCGAUUCACCACCAUCGCAUCAGGCUGCUCAAGAGCAGUCAACAACAAGCGCUAAACUGGCAGCAGAUGGUUGCUUCACCGAAUCAACUGCGUCAAACAAUGAAGGAGAUAUCAACACAACGGAUAACCCGAACCAUCCUCCCCCAACCGGCUCACCACCAUCAAACCAGGACGCCCAAGAGCAGAACAACGACAAGCGCGCAGUUCGUCGCCGGUACCGACCCCCUCGUCUUCGUUCGGCCCCAGCGGCAGGUGCAGGGAGUUGGAACCCUUCAACCACUGCAGGUAACCAGCUGGCCAUUACCGCAGAUGAUCCCAAACGGACCUUUGCCGAGCGACACAGCACCUCCGGAUCUGGGCGAGCAGGAGCGGCACAGCGAGCGGCAGGUGGCUCCGCCCCAUUGUUCGGCACCAGCGGCCGGCGCGGCGGACGCCGCCUUCGCAAACACUGCGGACAACGGAUUAUGAAAUCGGACCUGUCGUCGGGGUCCAUGCCGGCGGGUAGUGAUAUCUUCAGGUGA